AUGACCGGUGACAAAGCCAGUCCAGCUGGCGAAGAUGCCCCCGUCAUCACCAAGCGUGAAGGAGGCACUACUGAAACGUCCGUAACCGGAUUUUCAACAGACAUGACUGAGGAAAAAGACAGAGACACACUUAUUGACCCUACUGAAGAACUAGAACGCCGAGCCUCGCUCGUUCAGCAUCUGGCGCGUACCUACUCGGUUUCAGCCGGUGCUGAGGACAAUCCCUUUGUGGCCACUGAAGAUUCAGCUCUGAAUCCUACUUCACCAAAUUUCUCCAGCCGUGCCUGGGCUAAAGCCUUGGUCAACCUAGUCGCCAGCAGUGGCGCUUCAUUUCGGACUGCUGGCGUCGCCUUCCAGAACCUGAACGUGUACGGUUACGGUCGCUCUACUGAUUACCAGAAAGAUGUGUUCAACAUUUGGCUGAGCGCCGUCAACUUUCUGACUCGAAUUACGGGCCAGAAAAAGAAGCGCAUCGACAUCCUGCGAAAUUUUGAUGGUCUUGUCAGAAAGGGCGAGAUGCUUGUCGUUCUUGGACCACCUGGCUCCGGUUGUUCUACUUUGCUGAAGACAAUCGCCGGCGAAACCAACGGGAUUUAUGUGGACGAUGUAUCCUAUCUCAAUUAUCAGGGCAUCACACCCGAAGAGAUGCAUUCGCAUCAUCGUGGUGAGGCUAUAUACACUGCCGAAGUUGACGUCCACUUUCCGAUGCUGUCCGUCGGUGACACCCUCACCUUUGCUUCCCGCGCGCGACGACCACGAACUCUGCCAGGAAGCGUACAGCCGAAUAAUUUCGCCAACCAUUUACGUGACGUUGUAAUGGCUAUGUUCGGUAUCUUGCAUACCGUCAACACCCGUGUUGGCAACGACUUCAUUCGCGGCGUCUCGGGAGGCGAACGCAAGCGCGUGACAAUUGCUGAGGCCGCCCUGUCCGGUGCUCCUUUGCAAUGCUGGGAUAAUAGUACACGAGGAUUGGACUCGGCAAACGCCAUCGAAUUCUGUCGAACCCUGCGUCUUCAAGCCGACAUGUUUGACAACAGUGCUGUCGUAUCCAUCUACCAAGCGCCCCAGAGCGCAUACGAUUUGUUCGAUAAAGUACUCGUUCUUUACGAAGGUCGGCAGAUAUUCUUUGGACCAACAGCAGCCGCCCGACAAUAUUUUAUAGAUCUCGGCUUUGGGUAUCCGCUACAGGCCACCACACCAGAUUUCCUCACGUCAAUGACCAGCCCACAGGAACGAAUCAUACGGAAGGGCUGGGAGCACCGGGCUCCUCGAACCCCUGACGAAUUUGCUUCCUCAUGGAAGGCAAGCGUCCAAUACCGCGAAUUACAAGCCGAAAUUGAGGAAUACAAGCAGGCUCAUCCCCUGGGUGGUGCUGAUGCCGAGGCUUUCCGUGCAUCGAAGAGAGCACAGCAGGCCAGGGGUCAGAGGGCAAAGUCACCGUACACUCUGUCCUAUAUGCAGCAGAUCGAUCUUACCAUGUGGCGUGGAUGGAAGCGUCUGAUCGGUGAUCCAAGCAUCACCCUCAGCUCGCUCUUCGGCAACGUAAUUAUGGGACUCAUCGUCUCCAGCGUGUUUUACAACCUUCAACCAACGACAGACAGUUUCUUUCAGCGUGGAUCUCUUCUUUUCUUCGCUAUGCUUCUCAAUGCAUUUUCGAGUAUCCUCGAGAUUAACACCCUCUACGCUCAACGGCCGAUUGUAGAGAAACAUGCGAGAUAUGCCCUCUACCACCCCUCUGCAGAAGCAUUUGCUUCUAUGGCCUGCGACUUGCCCUACAAAGUCCUCAAUGCAAUCGUCUUCAAUAUUGUCCUGUACUUCAUGACAAAUCUGAACCGAGAACCAGGGGCCUUCUUCUUCUUCCUUCUGAUCUCAUUCUUCACUGUUCUCACCAUGUCCAUGAUCUUCCGUACCAUUGCAUCAUUGUCUCGAUCAUUGGCAGGGGCCAUGGUACCGGCCUCGAUCAUCGUCUUAUCGUUGGUCAUGUUCACAGGAUUCGUUAUCCCAGACGACUACAUGUUGGAUUGGUCUCGAUGGAUUAAAUACAUCAAUCCCUUGGCCUACGCUUUCGAUGCUUUGAUGGCGAACGAGUUUCAUGGCCGAAAUUUCCGCUGCACCGCCAUCGUACCAAAUCCCGCGCUUGCAGGUUAUGCGAACGUCAGCAGCAGCAACCGCGUGUGCAGCGCUGUUGGGUCCGUGGCAGGUCUCGACAUUGUCAACGGUGACGCCUACAUUGACUCGGCCUUCGGUUACAAAUGGGAAAAUCGCUGGCGCAACUUUGGUAUCCUCGUCGCCUUCAUGGUCCUUUUCCUGAUAACAUACCUGGUAGCUGCCGAGCUCGUGGCAGAGAAAAAGUCCAAGGGCGAAGUGCUUGUUUUCCGCCGUGGCUACAAGCCUGCUGCCCUCGAAGAAAAGCACGGCGAUGAUCCCGAAGAUAUUCGCGUCGGUCCUGUCACUACUCGUGAUCGUCAACGCGGUGGCAAGUACAGCGGUAAUGGCCUUAUAAAGGAGCAGAAAUCAGUCUUUCAUUGGAGCAACGUCUCCUAUGAUGUCCAAGUCAAGGGAGAGACCAAACGAAUUCUGGAUCAUGUCGAUGGUUGGGUCAAACCCGGUACCUUGACUGCCUUGAUGGGCGUAUCGGGAGCUGGCAAAACAACCCUUUUGGACGUUUUGGCAGACAGAAAAUCUGUUGGCGUUAUAACCGGAGAGAUGCUUGUGGACGGCUAUAGUCGCGAUGCGUCCUUCCAACGUAAGACCGGUUAUGUCCAGCAGCAGGAUCUACACUUGCAGACGAGCACGGUGCGGGAGGCUCUCAAUUUCAGUGCUCUCCUGCGCCAACCUGAACAUAUCCCUAGGCAAGAGAAGCUUGAUUAUGUGGAGGAAGUCAUCAAGCUGCUUGAUCUGGAGGAGUGCGCAGAAGCUAUCAUUGGUGCCCCUGGAGAAGGCCUCAAUGUAGAGCAGCGCAAGCGCUUGACCAUCGGUAUUGAGCUCGUCGCAAAGCCGCCUCUAUUGCUUUUUGUGGAUGAGCCAACCUCGGGACUUGAUUCUCAGACGUCAUGGGCUAUUCUUGACCUUCUUGAAAAGUUAACCAAGAGUGGUCAAGCUAUCCUGUGCACGAUCCAUCAGCCUUCAGCCAUGCUAUUCCAACGAUUUGAUCGGUUGCUCUUCCUUGCUAAAGGUGGCAAGACUGUCUACUUUGGCAAUGUGGACGAAAUGACGCCUUACUUUGAACGAAACAGCGGCGUCCGUUUCCCGAAGGAGGAAAACCCAGCGGAAUGGAUGCUGCAAGUGAUUGGUGCCGCCCCAGGUUCCCACACUGAUAUUGACUGGUAUGACACAUGGAAAAACAGCCCCGAAUAUCAGUCUGUUCAGACCGAGCUCAGACGCCUCACUAUUGAGCGAGGCCCUCCACCUGAAACGUCCGAGGACCCAGCCAGCUAUCGUGAAUUCGCCGCCAAUUAUGCCACGCAGCUGAGGGAGGUUACAUAUCGCGUCUUCCAGCAGUACUGGCGGACCCCCACUUACAUCUACUCCAAAGCAGCUCUGACCAUCACCGUCGCUCUCUUCAUCGGCUUUGCUUUCUUCAGGGCGUCUAACUCGAUGCAAGGUCUUCAAAACCAGAUGUUCUCUAUUUUCCUCAUCUUGAUUACGUUUGGUCAACUUGCGCAACAGACGAUGCCUCAAUUCGUGACGCAGCGCUCCCUCUAUGAAGCACGAGAGCGUCCAUCAAAGGUAUACAGCUGGAAAAUAUUCAUGCUUAGCCAAAUCAUCGUGGAACUGCCCUGGAACGGCCUCAUGUCGGUCUUCAUGUAUCUCUGCUGGUACUAUCCUGUUGGUCUUUACAGAAACGCCCUGCCAAUGGACCAGGUCAAUGAGCGAGGCGCUCUGGCAUUCCUUUUCAUCCUCGUUUUCCUCCUUCUCAGCUCAACCUUUACUGACCUUGUUAUUGCCGGAUUUGAGGCUGCCGAGGUAGCGAUGAAUAUCCUCAACCUUUGGUUCACGCUUUGCUUGAUAUUCUGCGGUAUCCUUGCCAGCCCGGAUGACUUUCCCCGCUUCUGGAUCUUCUUGUAUCGCUUGUCGCCAUUCACUUAUCUUGUCUCCGGAUUGCUUUCCACCUCGGUCGCAAACACGAAUGUUGUCUGCGCUGCCAACGAAUUCCUGAGCUUCGACCCACCGAAUGGCCAAAACUGUGGGAAUUACAUGGCCACGCAUAUUCAAGCCGCUGGUGGUUACCUUCAAGAUAUAAACGCUACAGCAAACUGCCGGUAUUGCCCGAUGGGUGAUACCAAUGUUUAUCUUGCGAGCGUCAAGUCACCUUACUCAGAAAGAUGGCGUAACCUUGGUAUUCUAUUUGCCUAUAUCUUGUUUAACGCGGUUGGCGCCUUGGCUGUUUACUGGCUUGCACGGGUGCCUAAGAAGGGGGGACUAUUUGGUAAGAAGAAGGAAGAUUAG